CUUUUUGUUGGGGAUUGAGAAAAUACAGGAAAGUUCAAGUGGCAAAGUGGAUGUGCUUUCAAGGGUUGUUAAAUUUAAAAAGAAGGAAUCGUUUGGUCACAUCUGCUGUGUGAUCUUUGGCAGGUCACUUGUCUUUCAGUCUUUAAUAUUAUCAGUGCAGUGCCCUAGCAAAGAGGACAACGUUAAGUCGGUGAAUUGGUUUGGAUGGAGAUGACCCUUACCACGAAAAAGAUCUCAGAUUCACCAUCGUAAAAUCGGAGUUUACCAUGCUCACUAUGGUGAAUGUAGAAUUUACCAUGCUCACCAUGAACAUGCCAGGAUCCAUCUAAGUCACAGUGAUUACUCAUCAUCAUGUCUACCAUCCAUUCUCUAGUAUCAGAUGCUGCUGGAGUCUGGAGUGAGCAUAUUGCCACCAUAUUUGAUGAUGGGGAGACUGUAUCAUUGCUGACCUAUGGAGAAUUGACAAAAGAGGUGCACCAGUUUAGCGAUGUGCUUAAACAACACAUUGAGACCAGUGACGUGGUUGCACUGUGUGUCAUAACAAUGGAGAAAGUGCCUGUUUAUCUCCUGGGAAUCAUGGCGUCCUCUGCAGCAUUUUUCUACAUCAAUCCUGAUGACUUGAACCAUCCUGCAUAUUAUCGAGAUAUCCUCAGGAAACUUCACGUUAGAUUCUUUCUAAUGGACAGCACCUGCCUUGAGGUGCAGUGGAUACAAGAACUUCUCCCAGUGAUCAUCCCAAAUCUUCUCCUUUCCGAACUUGGGCUAGUCCUGCUCCAUCUCCCCAACGUCCCCCGUGAGGAAUGCGAUAUCCCUCUCGCUUAUGCCAUCACCACUUCUGGGACGACUGGAGUGCCAAAAAUUGUCAGGGUGCCUCACAAGUGCAUCAUUCCAAACUUAUUGGAUUUCCGAAAAAUCUUCGCAGUCUCGGCGACCGAUCGUGUUUUCUGUGCCUCGCCAUUGACCUUUGACCCCAGCAUAGUCGAGAUCUUCACCAGUCUGAUCAGUGGUGCAGCAGUAGUUUUCACGUCAGCAGAUGUCAAGGCCGCUCCACGAAAGCUCCUGGAUGUGAUAUAUCAUAGACAGCAAAUAACUGUCCUACAGGCCACACCAACUCUCAUGUCUCGUUUCUCUCUUGACCUCCUGAAGUCGACCCUCCUCAGUACAUUUUCACAGCUAAGAGUUCUAGCGUUCGGUGGCGAGGCAUGCCCAGCCCCAAAGACCAUUAAAUCUUGGCAAGGAGAAGCAAACAGCACAGAGUUCUUUAACCUGUACGGUAUAACAGAAGUAUCUGCCUGGGCAAGUUGUUGUGAGAUUAAGACAUCUCAUUUGAAAGAGGGACUGGACGAGAUGUUCCUGGGUGAUCCCUUAUCAGACACUGAGUUUGAAGUCAGGACUUGUGAUGGUGUGGAAGUCCUUGGAGAAGGAGAUGGAGAGCUGUUUAUAGGUGGAAGCAAGAGAGUGUGUCUCCUUGAUGAUGAAGCGAGAGUGGUUGAAAAAACAUUCCGUUCUUCUGGUGAUAUCGUGAGACGGGAUAAGGCUGGCAAGAUGAUCUUUGUUGGGCGAAAAGACAACCAGGUCAAGAGGCACGGCAAGAGAAUCAACCUGAACGAUAUCGAAAAGGCAGCUGUAAGAUGUACUGGUAUUUCUCAUGCUGUAUCAAUGUUCAAAGACAACCAGCUUAUCCUUUUCAUCUCCAGUUUCUGCCCUGACUGGAAGGAGGGUCUACGCCAGACACUGGUGGACCAGCUGCCCGGCCAUGCCCAACCGGAUGACAUUGUUAGAGUUGAAAGCUUCCCAAUGACAAAUCAUGGGAAAGUGGACCAAAAGAAGCUCUGGGACAGCCUGAAGAAGAGUGACAUUAGCCUCCAGCAAAAGAAUUCUCCAGGAGAUCUAGUCAAGAGCCUCCUUGAUCUUCCAAUCAGCUUCACAUUUUCUCCUCCUGAAUCUUUCCUGUCCUUGGGUGGCGACUCGGUUCAAGCUCUCCAGUUUGUUACAAAAAUUGAGGAGGAAUUUGGUCUAGAAAUUCCCCAGCUGAUGGACUUGGUUCUUCAUAAACCUAUGAGAAAAGUUUUGGAGUAUCUCAAUGAAUUAUUAGUCCAAAGAACAAAGGAAUUAGACUUGAAGAAUGAGGACCUUAAUAGUGUGCAAGUUCGUGCUGAUUUCAAUGUAGAUACUGCAUCUGUCAGUGAGGAUUUCAGCUGUUUUGAUAAAGAUAACGGGAAAAAUUGUGGUGAAAAUAUCCGCCCUGACCUGGUCUGUGAUUCAAACAAUGUUGACACGGAAAAAGUAAUGGAAAAUUCUCAGAUAAUUGCUGGAAAGAACUGCCUUUCAGUUCUGAAUAAUUUAAAACGAUCCUUCAGAGAAGAAUUUGUUGAGUCUGAAGCAAGUGCUGAGGGUAUGAAUUGUGAUAAAAUAGUUUCUGACUACGAGAAGCAUUUGCCUUGCAAUGAUUGUAAUAAAUCUAGAAAAGACUUGUUUUUUUCUAUUCAGAGAGGAAAUCGAUACUCUUUGACGAACCCAAGGCUUCAUUGCUCUCCCUUUUUAACAAACGGUUCCCAGGACUUUCGAUUUAUUCAUUCAGAGAUAUGCUCUGGUGCUAAUGCUAGAAAUGCUUCAAAGAAAUUUUGUGCCGAUACUAAAUCUUCUGGGACAUUUCUGGAACAUUCUGUCGCAACGGAAGUUGAAAUGGACUUUGAGGCUGAAAAUUAUAAUGGUGCUCAGGAUAGACUGCCAAUAUAUAUUUCUAGUCAGAUUCUGAAUACUGGUACAAGAGCUGAAGGGGAUUUGACGUCCAGUUUACAAGGUCCCAAGGCAUUUCAAGGCGCUGUCCAUGAAUGUGGUUUGGAUGUGACUCAAAAAUGGUGCUAUAGUACGGGAAAGUGUGUCGAUGCUUCCCCACUGAUCGUAGUUGAUGGAUUUGGCCUGGGUCAUGUCUAUAUUGGAUCUCACUCCCAUCGGUUCAGUGCCCUCUCACUUGAAACUGGUCGGCCAUUAUGGGAGGUGAUGCUGGGAGAUCGAAUUGAGUCGUCUGCUUGCACGUCUGCAUGUGGCAAGUACAUCAUUGUUGGUUGCUAUGACUACAAUCUGUAUAUCCUAGACAGAAGCACAGGCAACAUUCAUUGGGCAUUCCGAGCUGGUGCCGAAGUCAAAAGUUCACCUGUGGUAGAUCAUGAGACAGGACUGGUUUAUUUUGGAGCUCAUGAUCAGUGUGUUUAUGCAUUGGAUAUUGAGAGCCAAAGUUGUCUGUGGAAGAGAGACUUAGGCUGUGGGAGCAUCUAUGCCUCUGUUUGCCUAGAUAAGAAAGCCGGCAGACUCUAUAUUGGAAGUUUGGGGGGACUAAUCAUGGCUCUGGAUCCUGAUACUGGUGACCUGCUGUGGACCUACAACACCAAAAAGCCAGUCUUCUCAUCCCCGUGUGCCACUCUUGAUGGGAUAAUAGCUGGCUGUGUAGAUGGAUGCCUCUACUAUGUUAACCAUGCAGGAAGUCUGAUCUGGAAAUACGAGACAGGAGGACCGGUCUUUUCCUCACCUUGCCUCACGACAACCAAUCAAAUGAUCAUCUUUGGAUCACAUGACUCGUGUGUUUAUUGUCUCGACCAAUCAGGACAGUGCAAAUGGAAGUUUAUGGCAGAUUCCUCAGUAUUUGCAACCCCAUUCACAUUUUCUUUAACUGCCAAGGAUAAACUGAAAACACGUUUUGAAGGAACAGAGGAAAGAGUGUGUGAUGUGACUGCCAGUAAAACUUGUGAUGAUCAUUUGAGAACAAAUGACAGCCCUUCAAAAGAAACUCAACAAAUUAGGAAUAAAUCGUGUCAUUGCAGUGGAGGAAAAUCUUGUGAAAAAUGCGUGACAAUAGUUUGUUUUUUCUCCACUAGAGGCACAAUGUAUAUUCUUGAUGUCAUGUCUGGGGAGAUGAUGUAUCAAAGACAUCUUCCUGGCGAGGUGUUCUCAUCCCCUGUUUGUAUUGAGGACAUAAUUGUGGUUGGCUGCAGAGAUGAUUAUGUUUAUACCUUUCAAAUCCAGUAAAACCACUAUAUUUAUUAAAGGACAUCCUUUGAA